AUGGAAGACUCCAACCAGACGGCUGUGAAUGAUUUCAUCCUCCUUGGUCUGUCGACCAUCCCGAACCUUCAAGCUAUUUUCUUCUCCCUGUUUCUGUCUAUGUAUGUAGCCACUCUAGUAGGAAACACUUUACUUAUUGUAGCUGUGAAACUAAAUACUCAGCUUCAGACCCCAAUGUAUUUCUUCCUCAGUAAUCUCGCCUUCAUUGACAUCUGUUUCUCCACCACAAUAUUGCCCCAAAUUUUGGUAAACACUUUAGUUGAGGAUAAAAAAAUUUCCAAGUUGGGUUGUGCAACUCAGAUGUUCAUUUCUUUAGUUCUUGGUUCAACAGAAUGUUUACUGCUGGCAGUCAUGUCCUUCGACCGAUACGCAGCUAUCUGUAAACCAUUACACUACAAUGUUAUCAUGAGCAAGAAACUGUGCAUUACACUAGCGACCGGAUGCUGGACAGUAAGUGUUAUAAAUAAGUUUGCCCAUGUUGUCCUAACUUUUAAAUUGCCAUUUUGCAGAUCCCACACCAAUCACUACUUUUGUGAGAUGCCUCUUUUUUUUCGAUUGUCCUGUGCUGACACCUCUUUUAACAAGAUUGCAAUGUAUGUCUCUGCUGUUAUUAUUGUGACAUGUUCCUUCUUGUUAACACUAGUGUCCUAUAUUCACAUUAUUUCCACAAUAUUAAAGAUCCGUUCUUCUGAGGGACGGCAUAAAGUUUUCUCGACCUGCGCAUCUCAUCUUAUCGUGGUCAGUCUCUAUUACACCAGCAUCAUGUCCAUGUAUCUACGCCCACAUUCCGCAUCCUCUGCUGAAACAGACAAACAUAUCUCCCUUAUCUACACCACGGUUACACCAAUGCUGAAUCCCAUUGUCUACAGCAUCAGAAAUAAACCUGUUAAAGGCACCAUACAGAGAAUGUUUACCAGGCAAAGAAACAACUAA